AUGCCUUCUCAACAGCACAUGCCAUCAGACGACGCACAAGUAAUAGACGAAAUUAUCGCGUGCGCUCGAUACGGCGAAUAUAAAGAACUUUUAGAAUGUAUGAAGUCACAGCCUACAAUUUAUUUAAUAACAAAAAGUAAUUUCGGAAAUACUGCGUUGCAUAUGGCAUGUGCUAAUGGACAUUUAGAAAUAGUAACGUAUAUAAUAGACCAGCUCCAGCAAUUGGCUUCAUCGCCUUCAACUGACAACAGCAAAAUUGCAUUAUGCAUCAAUAUACAAAAUGAAUGGGGUAAUACACCGUUGCAUUGGAGCGCGUUAAAUGGUCAUAAAGAAGUGGUAGAAUUGCUGAUAAAGAACGGGGCGAAUGUUCAUAUAAAAAAUAAAGCAGGACGAACAGCAAUGUAUGAAGCCCAGCAAAACAAUCAUGAGAAAAUUGUAGAGUACCUGUUAAAUGUGGUGGAUCCGAUCGAACCACAAACAGUAGAUGAAAAUAUUGAAGCGGAUGAAAAAAAAUAA